UGUGAAUAUACCUGAUUAAUAAUUCUGCACUGAUAACUAACGCUUAUAUGGGAGGAAUUGGUGGCUCUGUUGACAAACCUCCAAAAUUUAUUUACAAUCUAUGUGGGACAUGUUGUACAGCUCAAGGCUAUGGGACUCUUUGUUUUAUUUGUCUUAUGCCAAUAUGCGCAUUUGAGGAAAUAGUCAAAGACACAACCAGAAUUCGGCGUCCUUUUUCGUACCUAUACGCCUAUAUCAUGUCAAUAUUCUCAUGUUGUUGCUGGGGUCCCAUAUUAGGGUGUUCUAGAAAAUCGUUUCGACGCAGACGUGGGAUACGUGGAUCAAUAUGUUUGGACUGUUGCAUUGCAUGUAUCUUACCUUGCUGUGUAAUGACUCAGAUGCUGAGUGAGCUAAGAGAAAACAAAUUUGACGAUCCAGAUACUUCUAAAUCAGGAUCAGUUGCGGAAAGUGAAAAUUGAUAAUGAUCAUAAGUACAUAUGGACUGGUAAUAGAUAUUAAAGAAUUUACAUAUACAAAUAUGAAUAAGUG